AGACUUUUCAAACAGAGCUAAAGAGAGAGGUUGUUGAACUGACAGGUUCAGUGUUGAUUCAGUAUUUCAGCAUCUCUUUCCCCACCAUAUGUGGAAGGAAGGUGGGAUGAAUAUGAACGUGGAAAGGGGCGUGCGCACGCUCAAUAGCUUCCAGCCCACAACUAAAUGAACAGCAGGAGGGGAUUGGUGACCCUCUGGUGUGGAUGGUUAGUCUUGAUGAUCUAGAAGGCACUCUGGGAACAGUGAAACCAUAUUAAGAUAAAGCCAGAAACACUGAGACAGAUGCAUUGGUUCACACUCACACACGCAUGUACAUCCAAGAGCAUUAUAAUACUUUCCAGUUUGGUUAAAUGGGGUUUUGGCCUCUUCUGUCUCAGCUGGGAGAUCUGAUGCUGUGGCAGAGAAGGUCAUGGAGCGUUUGUCGUGUCCCUGGUUGUCAUGGUUAAAGGGAGGUAGCGUUCCCUCACAUUGUUACCGUCAUCUUGGUUCCUGCUCUCUCUAAGUUUUUUUUCUUUUUCUUUCCACAUCAGAAAAACAAAAACGAUUAAAAUGGAAGUGAAAUAAAUUAUUUCUGGAAUGACACCUGUGUGCAGAGUCUGGUUCCGGUUUGUGCACUUUACACGAAUGGGGUGCAAAAUAGGAUCUGAAACUCUUAAACAAAUCUAGUAUUUUUCCCAGAAAAUGAUAAGUAUAAAGAAAGAAAUGGUCAAACUAGAUAUGAUAUUAAAUGGAUUCUCCACCCAACAAUGACAAUGUACUCAUUUACACACCCUCAUGCCAUCCAAGAUUAAUUUGACUUCUUUGGAGGACAAACAGAGAUCUUUAGAAAAAUAAUCUACCUUUGAGUCAUUGAGUCCUCAAUUGAGUUUGUAGGGAUUAUCAUGUUUGUUUUGUGUGGUUUUUGAUGCAUUGACUUUUGAGGGUCCCAUCCACUUAAAUUAUAAGAAUGCGCAGCAAUGGAUUCUAAACAUCUUGUUUUCCACAGAAGAAAGUCAAAUACGUCUGACAGCAUGAGGGUGAGUAAAUGAUGAGAGGAUUUUCAAAAGUGAGUAAAUGAUGAGAGACCUCCCAUAAGCAUUAAAGGACCCUCUAUAAAUCCCCCAAAAAAUUAACUCCUGUAAAACUAUAAUACUUGAAACGAAACUAGUGAAAAUGGAAAUAAAACGAAAAGUGUAAAUUACUGUAUUAAAUUAGACCCGUUCAUGUUACAUCAUAUUUCUUUUUACAGCCGUUGCGCAUUAUAACUAAUCACACGAUUCUUUUGAGUUUAUGAAAGCAACGGCCAAUCAGAAGCGUCCAGAUGAGUCCUCGCUGAAACACCGGAGUUUCGUUGUGUGUGCGCGCGCGCUCGCUGACCGAAUUCUGACUGAAACUCGCGAAUUCUCUCAACGUAAGCAACAAAGUGCAGAAGUAUGUACGAUACUGGUGCUCCACCUAGAACAUUUGUCACUUCCUCCCCCUGUGAACAGCAGUGCAUCGACACCCUCUGAAGACCAGGCUUCAGGUCAGUUCAUGAUGGCAUAUCCAGCUGUAAGUGUCCAGCCAGCCUUGGUGGUGACCACUAAUAAUGUGAUGUUAAACCAGUGGAGCAGCGGAGUGUGUGACUGCUGUGAAGACAUGGGCAUCUGUUGCUGUGGUUUCUGGUGUCCAUACUGCCUCAUGUGUAAGACCAGUGAGGAAUUUGGAGAGUGUCUCUGUCUCCCCCUGCUGGAGAUAUGCUUUGGUGGCAUUUUGCAUCCAAUUACUCUCUCCAUGAGGAGCAGUAUGAGAGAGAGAUUCCACAUUAAGGUAAAUACAGCAUCACUAUACAAUUACGAACUUUUCACAUAA